CCAUGUGUGUUGUGUGCCGCUUAGAAACGCCUGCCCACUGUUAGGCCGACGACUGAAGAGAAGCUGCCCAUGAAAUGGCAAAAAGUCUGGCUUCAUAAGUCCAUGGCUUACUGUUGCAGAGAGGUCACAGCCAGCCUGUCUUGAUCUUUGGUCGUUUGCGGAGAUGGACGUCUUUGGCAACAAGUUACAGCAGAAGGCUCUGCAGCAACCUAAGCAGAAGAAAUCCAAGUCGGCUGAAUUUCUGAUGGGGAGCGAGGAGAGAGCUGCUGUUGUGGGCAUAGAAAAUCCUGCGUUCAAUGGAGAAGGAAGCGCCGCGCUUUCCAAUUCUCCGAGUUGGCUGGGGAGAAAAAUGCGAGGUGACAGGCCAGAUAGCACCCUUGCAGCUCACCAAAAAGAAUUGGAGCUGCAAGCCCCUGCCAGUGAAAGAGGAAAUGAACGUGUUCGAAAUUACUUUGACCCGCCACCGCCAGAACAGACAGACCCAAGGCAAUGCGAGAUGGCUGGGGUCAGCGCCGAAGAUGAGCUGGAAUUAAAAAUACUGAAGGCAGACGAAAACAGACUGUAUGAAAGAAUGACGGCAUUGCUGAAUGAAGAUGAAACCUUUAUAAACAUACCUGGUACGCUGCAAGCCUCGAGGGAUGAGGAGGUGUUGGAGGUGAAGGCGGGUGAUCUGGUGCUUCAGCGGCGACUGCUGCUCCACAGUGAUGGUGGUGGUGGUGGUGAUGCCUCAGGCCCCAGGCCCUCCCAGGCCCAUACCAUUGCCAAACCACAGGCAGAGAGUAGUGCUUGGCUGGGAGGAGAGACUGGACUCCAAGCAGGGAGGAUGGUAACAGGCAGGGAAAGUGCUGUAAAAACAAGAGCAGCGGAGGAAGUGAUCCCCUGCUACGCCCAGCAGCUGAGGGAGCGUGUGCGGCCUGACAUGAUCACGCUUGGCAGCCUUUCACUGCAGCAGCAACCAGAUCCGAAGGGAACCCAGGAACAGAGUGAGUGGGCAAAGAGAAAAAAAAGGCUAAUGGCUUUCUUCACUGGCGAUGUCGAGGAACCUAGUUCACAGAGAGACUGUGAUGAAGUAUUAAGGCCCCAGCCCAGAGUGAACACAUUGUUUCAGUGCAAAAACCUCGACAGCCUGUCGAUCAGAGCGCUCGGCGAAGGCCAAGAAGAGGCGGCGGCGGCCAAAGAGCUCCCACAAUCCUCCUGUUCUGCAUCACGGCCCUCGUGGCAGCUCGGAGGCCUUCGCCACCUCCUUCUAAAUGGGGACCAGGGAGCCCUUCCCCAAUCCAUAGAGAUGUGUGUGUGUUGCCUGAGAGCGGCAAGGGACAAGCUUCCCAGAGGUCUCUACUCGGUCAGAGUGGCACUUCAGAGCCCUUUAGGAGGCCCUCCUCUCCACCUGCGCAGUCCAAAAGAGCAAACCUGGUCGGCGUCUACUGAGCCAGUCGAGCACCGAGGCCGCUUCUACGACAACGACCUGCAUAUCAACCAGAGCCUCUUCAUGAGCUUACCUGCCACCUCUGAAAUCAACCCCUCCAUGGUUUUGCUGUUCCAACUCAUCAGCCUACCUGGACACAGUAGCCAUUUUAGCUCUGCACUGGCCUGGGGAGUAUUUCCUCUGUGCAGCAUGAGCCUGAGUCUGGUCCAGGGCAGAUUCAAAACUCCACUGAUCAGGGGGGAGCCCAGCCCACAGCUGGACCAGUUUAAAAAAAUCGAGGCUAUCAUCUCCUCUGAUCUAGACCACUGGCUGUGCAACCUGUAUUUUCAGGUAAAGAAAAUUCCACUCGGAACAUCCGGAGGGACUGAGCUCUUUGUCGCACCGUCGACAUCCCUCUCCAACCCUAAAAUCUUAUCCAAACCCGAGGAUCACCAUGACCUGACCCUUACCCAGCGGCCCACGUCCCAGUCUCAGAUCUGCCCGCAUCCCCUUCUUCUCCAGUCCCAGCAGCACCUGUACGUCGGCCCCGGCUGCAGAGCGGGAGACUCCGCAGUCGUGCUCUCUCAACACGGUUCACCUCUCCACCUGUCGGCUGAUUCCGCUGGCUCUUCUUCAUCUCUGCCAGGGAAGAACGACUCCCCAGAAGUCUUUUCGGGAAGCGCGGUAGAGAAGACCGAUCUGUGCCGGGAGAAAGCAGAAGUUGGCUUCCAGUACAAGAAGAAGCCAAUCAAGAAGACAAAUAGCUGCGGCCCCAGCAUGAGCGGCAGAAGCGCGCCGCCUCUCCAGGCAGACAAACACAAGAUGCAACCAACAGUGGAGAACCUCUCCAUGGAGGAGAUGGAAGGAUAUACUUUCUUUCUACAAUCAUCACCGACCACACCGAGCUCACGCCCCCCACGACUGUCGGAUCGAGCCCGACUCGCCCUGCGCAUGCUGCCGUCCGAGCUGGGCCUCCUGCCGUUGUCGUGGCAACUGCAACAACCGCGCAGACGCUGGCAUGACUCCAUUCGGCAGCUCGGCCUCAUUAUUCUGCUGCUGGCUUUGAUGUGGUUUGUGAGGCUUUACCUGCAUUACUGCAGCCAGUGGCUCUACCUUCAGGCCAUUGCUGUUCCUGUCAACAAAUUUCACUUCCAUGCACACACAGUGGAUCUCGUCUACCAGAGCUCUUUGCUCCACACCCGAGAGGAGCUGGCAAUGGUGGUGGUGGGUCCCCUGACCUUGAACGCUGUAACGUUCCUGCUGGUUCUGAUCAGAUGGGGCUGUCAGCUGAUAUUUGGCUCACUCCCUUCGUUCACGUCAAAUUUUAUCAUGGCUCAGGGAGUGUGGACAGUCCUCGACCCCCUGGCAGUCUUUGCUGUGGACGCCGUCCUCGGGCGUCUGGCCUACAGUCCCGACACACCAGUAGGAGAUGCAGCCAAGCUUUACUGGCACUUCUUUCGAGCCGAUGGGUCCGGUGCAGCGGGAGUGAUCAUCACUCUGUUCCUCUACGCGGUCCACUUUCUUCUCUCCAUCACUAUUCUCACUAUUUACCUGCUCAGAUUCCACAACGAUGGUCGCAUGUUGGAUGUCUACCAGCGACUCACCGCCAAAGAGGGCGUGUAUUUCCUGCCUGAAGACCUCGAGCUGUCAAAUCAGGAACUCAGCUACAUUGUCAAAAAGGCAGAGCAGUGGAGAGGCUUCAAUGGAGAGAGACGGAAGGUGGCGGUUUAUGACUCUAUCUGGACAGCAGAGGACUCUCUCUCCAGCGCCGCUGCCCCCGGUGAUGAGCCUCACACUGCGGACGGUUUGCCACCAGAGAGCGAGACCAGCACUCAUGUCGUAAUCCAAACUCUGUACCUGAGUGGGCUAAAACAAAGAUACAGACACUUCCUCCGACAACCUGAUGGGGCUAUCAUUGAGGUGACUGGUGAACUAUAUGGCUUGGACAAUGCAACCAAGGAGGUGCCUUGUUGCCUGGAUCAGAGCUCAUCCUGUCAAAGAGAGGACAAGGCAAGUGCCAGCAUCUCCCUCCAGCUACGGAAACGCAAAAAACUGUUUGGCCGGUCCAACCGUGUGGAGCCGAUAGCAGGAAGUGGAUGUGGCUCGAGUUUUGCAAGACUGCCAGACCUCACUCAGUAGCAACGAAGACCACCACCUGCCCAGAGCGCCGCCCCGCCCCUCGCUCCAUGACCAAGUUCGGCAGGAUGAGCGAGUGUUGAAAAAAGAUGGACCGAUUGAUGUUUUCCACACGCUUGGCACUCCCAAAUGCCUAAUCCAGCUGUUGUUGCUUUACAUUUAACUUAUUUUCAUUCAAUCAAGUUUGUUACUGCUAGAGGAUAAGACAAGGAUCUCCCAAAUUUGUCCAAAGAUGAGUAUUAUUCUUAAAAAAAUAGUAAUUAUCCAGGUACUCUCAAGAACAGUUCCUGACGAGAUUUAUGUAGGUUUCAAUAAAGACAUGUUUGGAUGUUCUGCAGGUUUUUGAGGUUGGAAAGUGUCUUUGGUGUGGCAUUUUGCUUUACGGGGGUAAUCUACACAUGAUGAGAGAAUAUUAAAGCAAAGUCUGGGCAGUAAGUUUUGAUUCUCACACUCUCGGCUCUCCAUUAGUAAAGUCCUACUCCUGAUGUCUCUAAGUCUUCAAUAUGGUGCCAUCAGGAAAGACAAGACGCAGAGGCUCCUUGGAUGAUUAAAAAGUCAUUUCCUUAACUGUCCUCCCAGGAUUUGAGGGCUUUUUCCUUUUUUUUUUUUUUUUUUCUUUUUUUUUUUUUGGAGCGAAAACAUUAAAUUGCUCCAAUCAAGCAUAAACGUCUCCUGCUUGUGGUGUAAUUUGUACUGCUGUUCGCAUGGUGGGUGCUUAUUUGUCAUCCUUUUCCUUUGGCGCUUUUCCCAACCGUCUUGAUCAACAAUUAAUGGUUGAAAUUGCUUCCCUGUUACUUAUGGCUGUGGAGACAGAUGCAGUGGUGGGGACGAAGGGGGGGAGAAGAAAAGAGAGUUCAACAGAACAACAAAAAUGAGAUUUAUUAAACUUAUUGAACAAGACUUAAAUCAGCCUCUCUUUUUUAUUAUUUUUUAUGAAUCCUGUAAUCCUGCAUUCAUCUUCCUGCACUUACAUGUUCCAUUACUGCAGAAGUACAAAACAGGAAUGGUCAACUUUCUCUUCUCUCCCCAGAUAUUCCCUUUCUCCUUUCGCCUCUUUGCUCUUCUGUCUCUCUCCCUCAUUCUAUCCUUUUACACAAUGACCUUUACUGCUCUUUCCUUCAUUGCAGGGACAGGCCGGGGCCUGGCAUCUGAUAGAAUCAAUAUUCUAUUAUGAUAGUGCGUGGAGCGUGUGGGGCUUUACAACUCUGCUGUAAUAGUCUCUCUAUUUCAUCCCGUGGCAGCCAUGGCCUGAGGGAUCAUCCAGGCUUCUCCAGGCUCUAUGCUCCCAGCAUAGCCCCAUUUCCAUUAACGUCACCGGCCCUCUGCCUGCCAGGGGACAAUCUGCGUGACCGAUGGAUGGCGUUGAAAAAGAGUCCAGCCUGGGUGCAAUGUAUGUCAAUAGGCUGUGUAAUAGCCAAGCCUGCUGGGUGAAAUGUUUGUUAAAUGGCUCUCCGAUUU